GUGGGUCUGCUUCUCCUCUUCCCAGUCCUCGUCUGUGACGACUGCGAUACUUGACGUUCUUUAACGACCGGCAACGAUGCACUACUUCUCACAGAAUUUCAAUUAUGACCACCCUUGGGCCCAUGUCGUGAUCGGAAUGUGGCGAAAAUACCCUAAUCCACAUUGCUCACACGUUCUCAGCGUGGACGUUAUUGACCGCUCGGUGGACCCAGCCACUGGCAUCGUCCGGACAGAGCGGAUAUUGGGUUGUAAACAAAAGACGCCUACAUGGAUUCUUAAAAUUUUCGGUGGUUCCGAGGAUGCGUUCGUCCGCGAAGUCUCCUUCGUUGAUCCGGCAACGAAGAGUUGUACUAUCACUUCCGUGAACCUAUCGUUAUCGCAAUUUGCGACCUGCAAUGAGCGUAUCCAAUACACUCCUUCUCCUUCGCAGCCCGGUAGCCAAACGGUUUUCUCUCAAACGGCCGAAAUCCAAGCACGCAUGACAUUAUGGCGCAGCGCGUCGGACAAGGUGGAGAAGUGGUUAGCAGAGCGCUUUGAGCAAAACGCGCAGCUGGGAAAGCUUGGUUUCUCGGAUGUCUUGAGAACUCUUUGGGAAAGCAAAGACCAGCAGACUAUUAUGCAGUAAUUGGUCCGGACUUCCGCCCUCGUUUUUGUCGGUUUGGGACGUAUCAAAAGCGACUCAGUCGCCUCCUCGUUGUAUGCACUAGAAAGGCGCGGUUUUGGUACUUCUGCAUACACACUUAAUGCGCCUGUUGUAGACCUUACUUUAGAUACCAUAUAUUUGUACCUUUAUCAAUAAAUUCCUUGGGUUGG